AUGACUCAUCAAAAGAUGACGUGUCGUAAUAAUAAUAACUCUUCUUUCAGCUCACAGCAAACUAAUACAACAAAUACCUUUCGUACUUCAUCAACAUCAAGCACUUCAGUCUCGCAACAAGAUAUGCGUUAUCAUACUUCAAUCUUGGAGAAUAAUGACUCCCUAGUCUUACAACAAAAUAUACAGCCAACUUUAAACAUUCCAGCCUCACAAAAUAAUAUAACAAAAACUCUUCCUUCAGGCACUUUAGCUCUACAACAAAAUACGAGUCAUCAUAUCCUAACUUUAGAGGGUAAUAAUCAACGAAAUACAGUUAAUACCAAUCAAUCAAUGCUAGAGACUGUCAAAAAUCUCAAAGGGAGAGUGCAUGGUCUUUGGGCAUCAGAUUUCACCGAAAUAAUCGAUGAUAAUAAGAGUAACGUGUCUGUUUAUAGCAUAACUAGAAAUACGCCUAUAGAACCUAUCGAUUAUUCUCACGAAGAAAUUACAAGACCAAGAGAAGAACAAAAAUGGCAUAGUAUUGUUAUCAAGCAGUUUAAAAGUGCUCGUGAUAAUGUAGAUUGUCUAAAUAUAAAAAUAAAACGAUUAAGUGUGGAAAAUGAAGCUCUUAUAUUUGUUAAUAAAGAACUUUUAAAACUUAAGGAUGAGAUAAAAAUAGAAUUUAAUCGAUACAAAUUAGAACAACAAUUAAUUGAUGAGGAUGACAAUACAUUAGCUGAUAAUGACGAUCGUUCCUCUCAGCUAAGAAAAAGG